GCAUAUGGUCAGCAAAGUCUGCAGUAAAGUCCAGCUACUAGCUAGUCCUAGUCCACGGACACCACAGAGCUGAGCCCAUCUGUAGCUGAUCUAGACUUGGGUGUAAACCUGAUAUGGUCGGAGUUGCACAUGCACUGACUCAGUGACUGACUGAAGCAAGCAGCUCAGAUACGGACCAAAGUGCUGAAGCAGUGUAGGUCAUAGUGCAAGUAGGGCAGUAUUCAGCACCCGUUCCAUUGGUGUCCUUUACUGUGGAGUUCUGUCUGCUCUUCGAAACGGACUGGUGUGCUGUACUCUGGACUAGGCAGCAAGCAGCCAGGUGCUGAGAGAAAGAGAUCUUGAGGACUAGGCUGCUCAGUGCGGCUGAACAACGACGCCAGCCACUCAGUCAGUCAUGAGACUAGCAAUACUCCUAGGGGCUGCUGCCCUAUUCACCUUGGCUGCAGCACAAGAAGAUGGACCAGUGGGAGACCCAGGUCCACCUGGACCAGAUGGACCCCCAGGACUACAAGGUCCCCAGGGUAUGGUGGGAGAUAAUGGCAUCAAGGGAGAGAAGGGUCAACCAGGCCAGGAUGGUCUAGAUUCAAGCGACCCUGGAAACUCCGGUCCAGUCGGUCCCCAGGGUCCCAAGGGUCAACGGGGUGCAGCAGGAUUGCCCGGUGGAGCACAAAUUGUCCGCUGCGAAAGUGCGGGUAACUGCCCACCUCCCCCGUCCAUCUCAUCGAAAGGCCCACCUGGCCCUAUGGGACCUCAAGGAAACAGAGGACGCCACGGAAAGAGAGGUCGUGAUGGCUCACAGGGAUCAGCUGGCAGUCAAGGAGCACAGGGUGUAACUGGACCUCCAGGACAAAUGGGUUCCCCUGGCGCUGCUGGAGCGCCUGGAGAGACCGGAUCCGCUGGACUGAAUGGCAUGGAUGGUCCCCCAGGACCCGAUGGCGAUGCUGGACUCACUGGACUUCAGGGUAUCCAAGGACCUAUGGGCCUUGCUGGAAAGGCAGGUCCCCAGGGUUUCAAGGGUGAUGCCGGCUAUUCAGGAUACCCAGGAAGAAAUGGUGAAGAUGGACAGAAGGGAUCCCGUGGACCGAGUGGAAAUUCUGGCGCUGACGGCGUUCCCGGCAAAAAUGGUGAAGCUGGCCCCCGUGGUCCCGACGGACCCCCCGGCAGACCCGGUACCCCUGGAAAGGCAGGUCAAGAUGGCGCACCCGGUGCACAGGGUCCAGUAGGACCAGCCGGCACAGCAGGUCUCCGUGGACCAGACGGACCAAAGGGAGCACAAGGCGUACGCGGUGACCCCGGUGUUGAUGGACGAAACGGACGUGAUGGAGUUGCCGGUCAGGAUGGACCAGUUGGAGACCGUGGUGAUCCAGGUAUCCCAGGAAGCGGAGGCCAGAAGGGAAUUCAGGGUCCAGCUGGACCACCCGGCGAGAAGGGAUCGCCCGGCGUGCAGGGACAGCCUGGUCGUGAGGGACAAUCCGGACGUGAUGGAGAAGUCGGAACAAAGGGAGAGCCAGGACCAGACGGAAACAUCGGCCAGAAGGGAGAGCUUGGCACACGCGGAGCACGAGGACCAUCCGGCUCACAAGGAAUUUCAGGCAUUGCAGGAAACACUGGCGUACCUGUAAGUCAUACUUGA